AUGGAUCAUACCACAUAUGGUAUGCUUAUGAAAGUUUACAGUACAGAAUUCAUAAUUGGAAGUUUAGGAAAUGGAUUCAUAGUCCUGAUGAACUGCAUGGACUGGGCCAAGAGAAGGAAGCUCUCUACAGUGGAUCAAAUCCUCACUCUUAUUGCCAUCUUCAGAAUUGCUCUGCUUUGGUUAGUUCUCAUAGGCAUAGCAUUGUCUUUACAUUAUCCAGGUUUGUUUAUGAGUAACAUAAUUAUAAGAAUGAUUUGUAUCUCCUGGGUCGUUGCCAAUCAUUUCAGCAACUGGCUUGCUACCUGCCUCAGCAUCUUUUAUUUCCUCAAAGUAGCCAAUUUUUGCAGCUCUACUUUUCAUUCCCUAACGUGUCGGGUUAGAAAGGUGGUUUUGAUGACGCUGCUGGUGUCUCUGCUCCUCUUGUCUUUAAAUGUUGUCAUGACAAAUGCAUAUGUUGAUUUCUCGGCUGAUGGAUCCACAAGCAACAAAUCCUACAGUUCUAGUUGGAAUAACGCCUCACAAGUCACCAAAGUCCUUUUAUUCACCUGUUCUGCAUUCACAGCCCUGCCCUUCACCGUGUCCCUGACAACGUGCGUCCUGCUCAUCGUCUCCCUGCGGAAACAUAUGAAGAAGAUGCAGCACAACCUCGGGGCAGGCAGAGACGGCAGCACCUCGGCCCACAUCACAGCCUUGAGGACCAUGAUGUCAUUCCUUCCGCUGUAUGCCAUUUUCCUUCUGCUCCUCAUCAUACAAAUUUCAAAGUUUAAAACUUUGGAAGAACGUACUAUUAUCAUCUAUGACCAGAUUAUCGGAACUGCGUUUUCUAUAGGCCACUCGUGUGUUUUGAUCCUGGCCGACAGUAAGCUGAGACCAGCUGCCCUCACGGGGCUGUGGUGCGUGAGGGGCAAAGUCUCAUAG